UUGCGCCCGUCGGCCUUGUCUCUCUCUCUCUCUCUCUCUCCCUCUCCCUCCCACUCCUCCGCCGGCGGCGAGAUCGCCGCCGCCCCGCCGCCGCCCGCCGCGAUGGCGACGCGCUGCAGCGCCACGGACAUCGGCGACCUCCCCGACGCCAUCCUCUCCUACAUCUUCACCCUCGUGACCGACACGCGCGCCCGCAACGCGCUCUCCCUGGUGUGCCGCAAGUACCUCGCCCUGGAGCGGGCCACCCGCGUGGACCUCACGCUCCGCGGCAAAGUCUGCGACCUCCACCGGAUCCCCACCGGAUUCCGCCGCGUGGAGCGCCUCGACCUGUCGCUCCUCUCGCCGUGGGGCCACGACCUCGCCUCCUCCGUCUCCGACCCCUUCCUCCUCGCCGGCCUCCUCGGCGCGGCCUUCCCGUCGGUCGUCUCCCUCACCGUCUACGCGCGGUCCCCGGCGACGCUCCACGUGCUGCUCCCGCAGUGGCCCCGCCUCCGCCGCGUCAAGCUGGUGCGGUGGCACCAGCGGCCCCAGCAGUCUCUCGGCGCCGACUUCGUGACGCUCUUCGAGCAUUGCCGGUCCCUCUCCGAGCUCGACCUCUCGAGCUUCUACUACUACACCGAGGACCUCCCCCCGGCUCUCCAGGGCUACCCGUCGAUCGCGUCCUCCCUCACGCGGCUGGAUCUCCUGACGACGUCGUUCACCGAGGGGUUCAAGACGGAGGAGAUUCGCGUGAUUGCGGCCGCCUGCGGCAACCUGCGGGAGCUCCUCGUCGCGUGCACCUUUGAUCCCAGGUACUUCGGCUUCGUCGGCGAUCAGGCUUUGCUCGAUAUAGCCGCGAAUUGCCCGAAAUUGACUCUGCUUCACUUGGUCGAUACUUCUUCUCUGUCGAAUCCGAGAGGCGAUCCGGAGGACGACGAUGGGCUCGCUUCGGAGGAAGCCGGGAUUACGCGGGCCGCGCUGGUGGAGGUGUUCUCGAAACUUUGCUUGCUUGAGGAGUUGGUGUUAGAUGUUUGUAGAAAUGUUAGAGAGAGCUGGCUUGCUCUGGAAGCGUUGAGUUCCAAAUGCAAGAACUUGAGGGUGCUCAAGUUGGGGCAAUUUCAUCAGGUUGUGAUGGCAAUCGAAUCUCAGUUAGAUGGGUUGGCGCUCUGUGAAGGUCUCACUUCUUUGUCGAUCAAGAACGUGGUGGAUUUGACGGACAUGGGGUUGAUUGAGAUUGCGAGAGGGUGUUCAAAGCUGAGGAAAUUCGAAAUUCAGGGCUGCAAGCAUGUUACCUGGCAGGGCAUGAGGCUGUUGGCUAGUUUGCUUCGCCGGACUCUGCUUGAUGUCAGGAUUUCUUGUUGCAAGAAUCUAGAUGCUGUGGCAUCUUUGCGUGCCAUGGAACCGAUUCGUGAUCGGAUCCAGCGGCUCCACAUUGAUUGUGUAUGGGAUGGGUUGGAAGAGCACAAGAGGCGAGAGGAAGCUUGUCACGGUUUCAAUCUGAAUGAAGUGGCUGAGCCUAGUGUGCAGGAUACAGGCCAGAACAAGAGAUGCAAAUAUACUCUUGAUAGCCAAUAUUCCAAUGCACUCAGCAAUGGCAAUGGAUUCUUGUGCAAUAGCUGGGAAAGAUUACAAUACCUCUCGCUUUGGAUUGGGGUUGGUGACCUCUUGACACCGCUUCCAAUGGCCGGUCUUGAGGAUUGUCCCAAUUUGGAGGAGAUCCGAAUAAAAGUGGAGGGAGAUUGCAAGGGGAAGCCAAAGCCUGCGGUUCCCGCAUUUGGGUUGAGUAUGCUUUCCCGUUACCCAGCACUUUCGAAGAUGCAGUUGGAUUGUGGUGAUGCCAUAGGUUUUGCAUUAACAGCACCAUCAGGGCAAAUGGAUCUGAGCUUGUGGGAGAGAUUCUUCUUGAACGGGAUCGGGAACCUUUACCUCAACGAGCUUGAUUACUGGCCUCCACAAGAUCGGGAUGUCAACCACAGAAGCUUGUCGCUGCCGGCGGCCGGUUUACUUGCACAGUGUCUUACACUGAGGAAGCUCUUCAUUCACGGGACGGCCCACGAGCAUUUUAUGAAUUUUCUGCUGAAAAUUUCGAAUCUUAGGGAUGUACAGCUGAGAGAAGAUUACUAUCCAGCACCCGAAAAUGAUAUGAGUACAGAGAUGAGAGUGGAUUCAUGCAGUCGCUUUGAAGACGCACUGAAUCGGCGGUACAUACUAGAUUGAGGUACAUGGUUCGUCAUGCUUUUUGGCCAUGAAGAGCGUGACCACAGGGAAGUCCUGAAAGUCUUUCCGGGACCAUUUUUGUUGUAUAUUUUGCUCAAUUUUGUCUGAUUUCUACAGUGUUCGCUUACCGAAUGAACACGCUGAUCGUGCUUUUUUGACAACUGAUGGGAAAUUUCUCUUGAUGUGGUGGAGCAAAGUAUGGUUCGAUAUUAGGACAUUCACAUUAACCAUUUUAAUGUCUUGUUUAUCAAAGUUUACAACAAAUGUAGCGAGCACUAGCAAGCUAGAUAGACAACAGAGAGAAUACUUGUUUUUUCUAUGCGGCUGCCUUGGCAUGGACAAAGACACAAGCUUGGUCGUCCUGGUGAUCCUGCCAAAGAAUCUGAAAUUAUGAAAAGGGAGGUGAGCUCGUAACGAAGCUGAGAGAUCAGAUGGAUUCAUCCACUAACUGGAAUUACACGGAUCAGAGUCCCAUUUGGUGUGCUGGUGCAAUUACAUAUAUGCUGUAGCUGCUGAACAGGAUCGUCUUCUUCUCUUGUCCCUUGUGCAGCUCUCCUUGGGGUUUCUUUCCACUUCCUACUAAUGGGCUUGGAUAGACCUUCAUUCCUUGACUUCUCCUGCUCCUCCCUCGCAUUUCCCUUCGUUCUUUGGUUUAAAAGAGUUGGGCUUGGAGAAUUCGACAAGAUAUUCAGCCACGGUGAUGGCCUUGGAAAUAUCUUAAACACCUCGUCCUCGGGGUACGUCUCUUGCCCACGGCUACAAGCCAUUCGUGAAAGCGAAGAGCACUUUGCUAUCCCCAAUAUCGGGGACCUCCUGCCUAAGUUCAGUGAACUCCUUGACGUACUCCGGAACCGUUCCUGUUUGUGUGAGCUCAUGAAGCUUGCCAGGGGCCUCGUCCUUGGUGAGCUCAGGGAAGAAUCGUUCCUGAAAUUGCUUCAUGAACUCAUCACGAGUGUUGAUGGGAUUCGCACCUUGCUUCAUCUCAUUGCAAUGGCACCACAGCAUAGCAACAUCGAACCGGUUGUUGUUACUUGGCUGACCUCGUCUUGGAUGCCGAUGGUGGCUCGCCAAAGUAUUGCUCUGUACACCAAAUGAAGUUGUGCACCUCCCUAGUGAACUGGUUGCCCUUGAACUCCUUGGGCCUCAACCUUGGCACGUCCACCUUGAGUAUACCUUGGCGUGUCCACCUUGAGUGUUGCUUGCUUGAACGUAUCCCAUACCGUUCACAAUGCGUGCCUACACAAGGCUAGUUCAGUUUUGAGUUCUUGAGCUUCUAA